UGAGAGUUGAAAUGGCGCAGAAAGGAGUUCAGCCGGACCGAGAAACCUUCGCUUGUUCGAUCUGUCUGGACCUACCGAAGGAUCCGGUGACUGUUCCCUGUGGACACAGCUACUGCAUGAACUGUAUUAAAACCCACUGGGAUAAAGAGGAUGAGAAGAGAGACUACAGCUGCCCUCAGUGUAGGCAGACCUUCACACCGAGGCCUGUCCUGGGGAAAAACACCAUGUUAGCAGAUUUAGUGGAGGAGCUGAAGAAGACUGGACUCCAAGCUGCUCCUGCUGAUCACUGCUAUGCUGGACCUGAAGAUGUGGCCUGUGAUGUCUGCACCGGGAGGAAACUGAGAGCCUGUAAGUCCUGUCUGCUCUGUUUGAUCUCUUUUUGUGAGAAACACCUUCAGCCUCAUCUUCAAACUCCGGCCUAUAAGAAACACAAGCUGGUGGAGCCCUCCAAGAAGCUCCAGGACAACGUCUGCUCUCGUCAUGAUGAGGUGAUGAAGAUGUUCUGCCGUACUGAUCAGCAGUCUAUCUGUUAUCUCUGCUCUGUGGACGAACAUAAAGGCCACGACACAGUCUCAGCUGCAGCAGAAAGGACUGAGAGGCAGAGAGAGCUCGAGGGGACUCGACUAAACAUCCAGCAGAGAAUCCAGGACAGAGAGAAAGAUGUGAAGCUGUUUCAACAGGAGGUGGAGGUUAUCAACGGCUCCGCUGAUAAAGCAGUGGAGCACAGUGAGGAGAUGUUCACUGAGCUGAUCCGUCUCAUGGAGAAAAGACGCUCUGAUGUGAAGCAGCAGGUCAGAUCCCAGCAGGAAACUGAAGUGAGUCGAGUCAAAGAGCUUCAGGAGAAGCUGGAGCAGGAGAUCACUGAGCUGAAGAGGAGAGAUGCUGAGCUGCAGAAGCUGUCACACACAGAGGACCACAACCAGUUUCUACAGGACUACCCCUCACUGUCAGCACUCAGUGGAUCUACACACUCAUCCAGCAUCAAGACCCGUCCUCUGAGGUACUUUGAGGAUGUGACAGCGGCUGUGUCAGGAGUCAGAGAUAAACUACAGGACACUCUGAGAGAGGGAUGGACAAACAUCUCACAGACAGUGACUGAAGUGGAUGUUUUACUGUCACAACUAAGACCAGAACCAGAGCCCCAGACCAGAGCUGAGUUCUUAAGAUACUCACGUGACAUCACACUGGAUCCAAACACUGUACACAAUGACCUAUUGUUGUCAAAAGAGAACCGAGAGAUAAGAUUUAGUGGAGAGGGGUCUUAUCCCAACCACCCAGACAGAUUCACUGAUGAAUGGCAGGUCCUGAGUAGAGAGAGUCUGACUGGACGUUGUUACUGGGAGGUGGAGUGGCACGGGGAAGAAACUUAUAUAGCAGUCGCAUACAAGAACAUCAGUAGAGAAGGGAUCUCAGAAGAGUGUAGAUUUGGAUACAAUGACAAAUCUUGGGCUUUAUUUUGUUACCGUACCUACAGCUAUGGUUUUUGGCACAACAAUAUUGAAACUCCCAUCCCAGCUGAUGGGUCCUCCAGGAUAGGAGUGUACUUGGAUCACGAAGCAGGUAUUCUGUCCUUCUACGCCGUCUCUGAAACCAUGACUCUCCUCCACAGAGUCCAGACCACAUUCACUCAGCCUCUACAUGCUGGAAUACGAGUUGAAUUCCAUUAUUCGUAUGUUGCUGAGUUUGUAAACUGAAAUAGACAGACUUUUAAAGGGACAGUAGGUUCUGUUCUGUGUUGUUAAUAUUCAAUUUCUUCUGUUUCCAUCUGGUACUGGGAGCUGAUGUUUUUGCAUGCCUUUACAGAUAUCCUGUGUAACAUUAUGGUCAGUGAUUUUAACAUCUUGUCAAUGUUGUGUUGAUUUUUGAAUGACAUUAGUUCACACAUUUACAGAAAUUUAAUUAAGAGAGCAACACCAGUAUGCCUGCUGCUGUGGAUGUGCCAGACUCCAGCUGCUGCACCCAUUACUAUCUGCCUCACCACUAUCAUCUCUCUCUCU